AUGAUCUCUUUAAACACAGUGUUAUUUUCAAUACUGACAUUGCAGAUCAGCUAUGAGACCGGUCCGCUCUGCUGGCCCCAUGAGGAACCACGAGUUGAAGAUAACUACAGGAAUGUAGCACCUGUUUUUGGGCAAAGUUCAGAAGUAUCGUCGGACACCUAUAUUCCCGGCGAUGUGCCCAUGGAAGUGUUCUUCAACCUUCGCUCAUUGACGAACUUUGAAAUAAGCGAUGUUACGGAUUACAAAUUCGAGCAGCUAUUGACUCCUCCGCUAGGGUUUAGCUACAAGUUUAUCGGUGCUGGGCAAGUUUCGUUGCCUUUCAAUCAGACUUGGAGUUCUCAUUGA